CCGGAGCUUUCCGGCCGGACCAGAACGGCCAAUUACAACGCAUUAAAACAACCAUCACAUUACAAUACAAUACAAAAUGAUCGGCCUUUCCAGCCGCCUGCACGUCGCCAAGCCGGUCACCGGCGGGAACGGCCCGCGGGUCGGGUCGGUGCGGGUAGCGGGAGCGGGAGCGCCGCCGGCAGCCGCGGCCGCGGCGCGGCGCUGCGGGGUGGUGGCCCGCUACACAAGUGCCACGGGGCGCCAGGGCGAGACGGGCCCGGAGGAGGAGGAGGGCGGUCUGAAGGACACCCUGAAGAAGUCCACGUCGGAACGCCAGCACGGCAGCAGCACGCAGCAGGAGCAGCCCACCCAGAGCGGUGGGGCGCACGAGGAGCAGGAGCCAGGCUACCACCACGAGUCCCGCGACGAGCUGCGGCGGCGGGGGGCGGUGGUGCACGAGGAGCUGCGGGGCGCGGGCGAGGGCGGUGAGGGUGAGGGCGAGGGUGAGGGCGAGGGCGGCGCUCGCGGCUCCGGCACCUCCUCCUCCGGCGCCCACCCCGCCUCCGCGCCCGAGAGCGGCACCGCCGGCCGCACCGCCGAGACCAGCGGCGGCCCCGGCGGCGGCCGGCCCGCCGCCUCGGACAGCGACGACAUCGCGUCCGCGCCCGAGAGCGGCACGCGCUAGGAGCGCGCGAGUGGACGGCGCUUCGGCGGCUGUAGCAAGGGGCGGGCCACAGCAGGAGGCUGUAGCAAGUAAGGGGCGAGGCAUCGGCGGCUGUAGCUAGGGGCGUUUAGAACGGAGGCGUUUGUGGUGGUGGCAAGGGCCCGCAGGCGGCGGCUGUAGCAAGUGUUUGGACGACUGGCUGUAGCAGCGGUUGUGGGCCUGUGGGACCUCAUGUGGCAGGGCUUUUGAGUUUGAACGGGGCGCCUCAUUCAUGUUGCAUGCUUAGUAAUGUAGGACGUAGGUGGCUGCUGGACGUGAGGCUGUUGCCUAGUGCAUGCAUGGACCUUCCGUACUCCCCGGAUGCUUGGCGGGAAUUUGCCUGUCGAAUACGGCAGUCGCGGGGAGGGACGUGGUUCAAAGUGUGCAUGCAUGUGCGGCAGAACUGUGGGCGUGGGCAGGCGUGGAAACCCGCCAACAAGGCCG